CAGCAAGACGCAUUUUGCAGCUAUAGAACGCAACUGACAGCGAGCGGGGGAGGACGUAGCCAAGCAGUCUACCAACCUACCAGCCCGCCGCCCAAAAACACGAUUUUAUCAUUAUUCGUAUACAUUUCUGUUGUCUAAAACAGUGAGGACGUAUACGUUUUCUGCACAUAUCGAGCACAAGAAUUCAGAAGAAGCAAGACUUUAAUCGUAUCUAACAUUAAUAAUAGGGGAACAGUCAGAAUCUGACAAGAAGACAUGGCCACGACAACCUGUACGCGAUUUACGGACGAAUAUCAGCUCUAUGAGGAACUUGGAAAGGGAGCUUUUUCAGUGGUGCGUCGGUGUGUGAAGUUGUGCACGGGCCAGGAGCAUGCUGCCAAAAUAAUCAACACCAAAAAACUCAAUGCAAGAGAUCACCAGAAGCUGGACAGGGAAGCGCGGAUCUGUCGCCUGCUCAAACACUCCAACAUCGUGCGUCUUCAUGACAGCAUAUCAGAAGAAGGCUUCCAUUACCUCCUCUUUGACUUGGUGACUGGUGGAGAGCUGUUUGAAGACAUCGUGGCCAGAGAGUAUUACAGCGAGGCUGAUGCCAGUCAUUGCAUCCAGCAGAUCGUGGAGGCGGUGCUUCACUGCCAUCAAAUGGGCGUGGUGCACCGUGACCUGAAGCCAGAGAACCUGCUCCUGGCCAGCAAGUGCAAGAACGCGGCCGUGAAGCUGGCAGACUUUGGACUGGCCAUCGAGGUACAGGGAGACCAACAGGCCUGGUUUGGAUUUGCUGGGACUCCAGGUUACCUCUCCCCAGAGGUGUUGAGAAAGGAGGCAUAUGGCAAACCUGUGGACAUCUGGGCCUGUGGUGUCAUCCUUUACAUCCUGCUGGUGGGUUACCCCCCUUUCUGGGAUGAGGACCAGCACAAACUCUAUCAGCAGAUCAAAGCUGGAGCGUAUGACUUCCCCUCCCCUGAAUGGGACACCGUCACCCCAGAGGCCAAGAACCUCAUCAAUCAGAUGCUCACCAUCAACCCUGCCAAGAGGAUCACCUCCCAGGAGGCACUUAAGCACCCAUGGGUCUGCCAACGCUCUACCGUGGCCUCCAUGAUGCACAGGCAGGAGACUGUGGAGUGCCUUAAGAAGUUCAACGCCAGAAGGAAACUCAAGGGAGCCGUUCUCACCGCCAUGCUGGUGUCCAGGAACUUUUCUGUGGGCCGUCAGUCCACAGCCCCUGCAGCCAUCACUGCCGCUGCUGCCGCCGUCGCUGCAGCAGCAGCCGGCACCACUGCAGGGCUGGUGGAACAAGCAGCCAAGAGUUUGCUGAACAAGAAGGCUGAUGUCAAGCCCCCGUCAAACAGCACGAAAAACAGCAUAGUCACCAGCCCCAAAGGAACCCUCCCUUCUCCUGCUCUGGAACCUCAGACCACUGUGAUCCAUAAAUCAGUGGAUGGGAUUAAGGAGUCGUCAGACAGCAGCAAUGCCACAGUGGAGGAUGAGGAUGUGAAAGCACGCAAGCAGGAGAUUAUAAAGAUUACUGAGCAGCUGAUCGAAGCCAUCAACAAUGGAGAUUUUGAAGCCUAUGCGAAGAUCUGUGACCCUGGGCUGACCUCCUUUGAGCCGGAGGCGCUCGGUAACCUGGUGGAGGGCAUGGACUUCCACCGAUUCUACUUUGAGAACCUGCUGGCUAAGAACAGUAAGCCCAUCCACACCACCAUCCUAAACCCCCAUGUGCACCUGAUUGGAGAGGACGCCGCCUGCAUCGCCUACAUCCGCCUCACGCAGUACGUGGAUGGCCAGGGCCGGCCCCGCAGCAGCCAAUCAGAGGAGACCAGGGUCUGGCACCGCCGCGAGUCCAAGUGGCAGAACGUCCACUUCCACUGCUCAGGAGCUCCCGCAGCGCCGCUCCAGUGAAGGGACAUAUCUCCUGUAGCCACUUCAGAGUGCCCAGUCAGAGAGAGUGAUGAAGAUGAAGAUGAGGACGAAGGAGAGUGAGUCCAGUGUUGGAUGGUUCUGAGCCGCUAGUGCCUGACCGUCCCGCACUGGGGGAAAACCCCCUCCUUACCCAGCAUGCACUUGUCUUUACCACGUCUGAUGCCCUGAAUCCUGUCCUGCCCCGACUCCCCACCUGCCCCCUCUGACCUCAUUGGGCUGCCCCUUUGACACCCCUCCACCCUCCACCCACCCACACCGCCUGAAAGCGCAUCAUCACCGUCUUCAUCAUAAUCAUGAAACUACCCCAGCCUUCCCUGAGUCAGAUCAGAUUUGCCAAAACCAACCAAUGUCUCUGACUCUACCCCCCCCCC